AUGUCCAAGUCUCGCCGUAGUGUUCGGUUCCAGCGCCGUGCAAAUGGUGAGCGGAGACUGAGCGUGUCCUCCGACGUCAGCGAGGGCGCCUCGGAACAUUCAAGUCCUAGCAAGACUGGUGCCGAAUCGCAUCCGGCCACCAUUACCGAAGAGAAACCUCCACAGUCAGACUAUGAGAAGAAGAAGCAAACCUUCAUCACACGUACGAUAUGGACUUUUGUCAUGAUUGCGGGCUUUUUCGUCGCGCUGUUCUCUGGACAUAUUUACAUCAUCGGCUUGGCCACCGCGAUUCAGAUUGUGUCCUUCAAGGAAGUCAUCGCCAUUGCCAAUGUCCCCAGUAAGGAGAAGAACCUGCGGUUCACGAAGUCCCUGAACUGGUAUUUCCUCGCUACUACCAUGUACUUCUUGUACGGCGAGAGCGUGAUUUAUUAUUUCAAGCACAUCCUCUUGGUGGACAAGGUUCUUCUUCCGCUUGCGACUCACCAUCGAUUCAUCAGCUUCACCCUUUACGUCAUGGGCUUUGUCUUUUUCGUGGGCUCUUUGAAGAAGGGUCACUAUCGUUUCCAGUUCACUCAAUUUGCGUGGACUCAUAUGGCUCUCUAUCUCAUCGUGGUUCAGGCCCACUUUGUCAUGAACAACAUCUUCGAGGGCAUGAUCUGGUUCUUCCUUCCUGCUUCUUUGGUAAUCACCAAUGACAUCUUCGCUUAUGUCUGCGGUAUUACCUUCGGACGUACUCAACUCAUCCAAUUGUCUCCCAAGAAGACUGUGGAAGGUUUCCUGGGCGCCUGGAUUUGCACGAUCAUCUUCGGCUACUUCAUGACCAACCUGCUGAUGCAGUCCAAGUACUUCAUUUGUCCAGUCAACGACCUGGGUGCCAACAUCUUGACUGGCCUGGAAUGUGUGCCCAACCCGGUCUUUGUUCCCCAACCUUAUUCGCUGGCAGUGUUCGGCAUGGACAAGACGAUUCACAUUGCGCCGAUGCAGUUCCACAUCCUGGCCUUUGCUACUUUCGCCUCUUUGAUCGCUCCUUUCGGCGGCUUUUUCGCCUCCGGUCUGAAGCGUACCUUCAAGAUCAAGGACUUUGGCGAGUCAAUUCCAGGCCACGGUGGUAUUACAGACCGUAUGGACUGCCAGUUCAUCAUGGGCUUCUUCGCCUACAUGUACUAUCACAGUUUCGUUGCUGUCUACAAGGCCAGCGUGGGCGACAUCAUCGAGACUGCGAUCAAUGGAUUGACUGUCGACGAGCAACUCGAUGUUGUGCGUGGUCUGUCCAAGUAUUUGUAUAACCAAGGCGCUGUCUCUGAGACGAUCCUUGACUGCCUCUCCACUGAGCUCAAACGUCGUUGA